AUGUCGAAAUCGGAGAGUGUUUCACCCGGAGUGAGAGACGACCAUGUCAAACGACCAAUGAAUGCUUUUAUGGUUUGGUCCCGAGGACAGAGACGAAAAAUGGCUCAAGAAAAUCCUAAAAUGCAUAAUUCGGAGAUCAGCAAACGAUUAGGAGCCGACUGGAAACUUUUAACCGAGGAAGAAAAACGACCAUUUAUUGACGAAGCCAAACGUUUGAGAGCUUUACAUCUGAAGGAGCAUCCUGACUACAAAUACCGACCUCGACGAAAACCAAAAUCUUUGUUACGA